UUUAUUCUGCAAUGCUAUAUAAGACCGAAGACCACGUCCUCACAUCUUAUACGUUUCUAACGACCACCAAGAAUACAGCAGCAAUGAUGUUGAUGUUGAUCGCGGCAGUGUUCGUGCAAGUCUUACUGACCACCGGGCAUGCAAUGUCAGUUACUGGAUUGGAUGACAAUGUAUCGGCUAUGGAGCAACUUCUGACCAUGGUUCCUGAAAGGACAACCGAUAACUUUCCUUUGAAGGAAAUGUACCAACAACUGCAGACGCAAUUGAAGAGUCUUGAAGACAUGUACCAACAGCAGCAGAAGCAAUUGAAGAUUCUUGAAGAACGAAAAGAACAACGCAAUGGACCCAGUGAUUAUGCCACUACUGUCAACGUCAAUAAAUCGGAAGUCGUUGUUGGCUCGCAAGCAUACCCUAGAGUGGCCUUUACGGCAUUGAAAGUAGCUUCUCAACCCAACAUUUAUGCGCGUACAAGGAUAACGUUUGAGAAAGUCAUCCUGAACGUAGGGAAUGCCUAUCGCGCAGGAAGCGGGACUUUCGUCGUACCAACCUGCGGAAGCGGAAUCUACAUGUUUUCGUUUACACUGGCAGCGCCUCAGGGUAUUUACUCGGCACUCUUUCAUAACGGGGGGGAGAUAGCGCGGAUCAACCUUCCAUCUUCAGCAUGGAUUUCUGGCACCCAAACGGUCUUCGUCAACCUCAAUGCAAAUGAUCAAGUGUGGGUGCAGAGCAUGGGGUACAACGCUCGCGGAGUGUAUGGUAUGUUGGAGAGCUCGUUUACUGGCAUUUUGGUGGCCUAGAACUGGUACAGGAAGAAAACACAACUUAGGACCCGUUCUCAUAAAUCAAUCUUUACUUCUAUACACGAUUUAAUAUGUCUGUUUCUUCUUCAGUGCUACCAUAUUUUACAUCUUGCAACGCGCCUAGAGAAGCUUAUAAAUUCAAUCAAAUUAUUUGUGGCGAAUCAAUACGUUAUAAGUUUUGUCUUAGCCGCUUUAAUAGGCUACUGAUUUAUGUUUGUUUAAUGGUUCAGACAUUUAAGUAACAUUAACAAGUGUCAACCGAUCUGAAAUUAAAAAAUCCUGUAUACCUUACAAACAAACUUAAGAAUUUGAAUUCCUGCUUGUCUAAAUGCUUAAGUUGCUUAAGUUGCCCCUGAGGCGCUUUGUGAAUACGGACCAUGUGUUUGGUUUGAUGAUAGCUUCUAUAACGCAUCUAAUACAUGGUAAACUUAUGUAUUUUACUGCUGUAUAUAAGAUACAUACAGUUAUAGUUUAGUGAAUGCUAACUUAUUGGUGUUUUCUAGGGAAUGGUAAAGGAAAACGACUGUUCAAAUUAUGGCUUCAUGGCAUGAGUUAAUAUGAAGGCAGUUGCACGGUUUUCAAAAAGUCACUUUUUUGCUGGUCAAAAUUUAUUGUAUUGUACAAUUCUUGAAGAAAUCUGUAUUUUUGUAUUUCACUGUGUAAUUUGUCUUUUAUAUAACCAUUAAUAUAUGAAACAAUAAAACAAACAUUUUUGGCA